AUGUUUGUGAAGUGGAUGUCUGUUCUGCUGCUCCUGCAGAUGAGUUGCUACUUCAGACCUGGGAAUUGUGGGAAGGUGUUGGUAUGGCCGAUGGAAUUCAGUCAUUGGCUGAAUCUGAAGAUAAUACUGGAUGAACUUGCACAGAGGGGUCAUGAAGUGACAGUUCUGAGACCUGCAUCUUCUAUCUUUGUUGAUCCCCAAAAAUCACCUAGCCUGAAGUUUGAGUCUUAUCACACAUCUGUCAGUAAAGAUGAUCUGGAAAAGUAUUUCAACAAGUUUGUGGAAGUAUGGACUUACGAAGUACCAAGAGAUUCAUGUUUAUCAUACUCUCCUUUGCUACAAAACGUUAUGGAUGAAUAUUCUGAUAAAUUUCUAAGUAUUUGUAAAGACACAGUUACAAACAAACAACUUAUGACAAAACUACAGAAUUCCAAGUUUGAUGUCGUUUUCUCGGAUGCCAUUGGCCCCUGUGGGGAGCUGAUAGCUGAACUUCUCCAGAUCCCUUUUCUGUACAGUCUUCGAUUCUCUCCUGGUUAUACAAUGGAAAAGUACAGUGGAGGAUUAAUACUCCCGCCGUCUUAUGUACCUAUGAUUCUGUCUGGAUUAGGUGGUCAAAUGACAUUCAUGGAGAGGGUAAAAAACAUGAUAUGUAUGCUUUAUUUUGACUUUUGGUUUCAGAUAUUUAAUGAGAAGAAAUGGGAUCAGUUUUAUAGUGAAACUUUGGGAAGGCCCACUACCUUCGCUGAGACAUUAAGCAAAGCAGAAAUGUGGCUCAUUAGAUCCUAUUGGGAUCUGGAGUUUCCUCACCCAACUUUACCGAAUGUUGACUAUAUUGGAGGACUCCACUGCAAACCUGCAAAACCCUUGCCUAAGGAAAUGGAAGACUUUGUCCAGAGCUCUGGAGAGCAUGGUGUUGUGGUGUUUUCUCUGGGGUCAAUGGUCGGAAACAUGACAGAAGAAAAGGCCAAUGCAAUUGCGUGGGCCCUUGCCCAGAUUCCACAAAAGGUUCUUUGGAGAUUUGAUGGUAAAACACCGGACACCUUAGGACCCAAUACCAGAGUCUACAAUUGGCUCCCCCAGAAUGACCUUCUAGGUCAUCCAAAAACCAAAGCCUUUGUAACUCAUGGUGGAGCUAAUGGCCUCUAUGAGGCGAUCCAUUUUGGAAUCCCUAUGAUUGGCAUUCCUUUGUUUGGAGAACAAAAUGAUAAUAUUGCCUACAUGGUGGCCAAAGGAGCAGCUGUUGCAUUAAAUAUUAGAACGAUAUCGGGGUCAGAUUUGCUCAAUGCACUGAAGGCAGUUAUAAACAAUCCUUCCUAUAAAGAGAAAGCUAUGUGGUUAUCAACCAUUCACCAUGACCAGCCCAUAAAGCCCCUGGACAGAGCCGUCUUCUGGAUUGAGUUUGUCAUGCGCCACAAAGGGGCCAAGCAUCUGAGGCCACUUGCCUAUAACCUCACCUGGUACCAGUACCACUCUCUGGAUGUGGUUGGAUUCCUACUAGCCUGUGUGGCAGCCUUGGCUUUCUUUACCAUAAAAUCCUGCUUAUUCAUUUAUCAAAAGUUUUCGAAGAUGGGAAAGAAAAUGAAGAAUGAGUAGAGCUCAUUGAGAAUGUACUACAUGAACUA